GAGGCAGAAGAGAUAGCAUAUAUGAACAGAUUUCAUUUGGGAGCCUGAUCAAAUGGCAAGUCAAAUCAUGUUGUUUCUACUGCUUUUGGGGAUGAUAAGUGUGGUGACAUCUCAGGUUGUGAGGCCCCUCUACCCAGUAUCUGGAACUACAAGUUCUCGAUCAGAUGAUGGAAGUUCGCCACGGAUUAACCUGCAACGACCAUUUUUCUACUUUGGGCAAACGUAUAAUCAGAUUUAUGUCAACCACAAUGGACACUUGACAUUUAACAAUCCAGACGGCACACAUAGACCUCAAAGGUUCCCAAUACAUGGAACCAAAGACUUCAUCGCUCCAUUCUGGACAGAUCUCGACAACAGACAAACUGGUCAGGUCUACUACAACCAAUACACCAGUGGCAGUGUCCUCCAACAAGCAACACAGGACAUUAAUGCAUACUUUCCAAGUUUAAACUUCAAUGCGAACUGGGUCUUUGUUGCAACAUGGUAUGAGGUGGCCUACUACUCAAAUUCAGGAACACGCACAACUGCCCAAGCUGUAUUGAUCUCUGGAGGCCAAUACUCAUUUGUGCUGAUGAACUAUGGGAUAAUAGCCUCAACGUCUUUAAGUGUGCAGGCUGGCUAUGACACAAUAAACUCAGUUUACCAUUACAUCAUUCCUGGAUCAUUCUCUACCACUGCUACAGGCAGUAACUCAAAUUUCCGUCUGGGCAGCAAUGUCAAUGUACCCGGUCGCUGGGCCUUCCGGACUGAUCAUGGAUCAAGAGGCUGCACUUUCAAUGGUGACUCAGUGCAGCUGGGUGACUCUUUCUGGAGCGACAGCACCUGUGCACAGAAGUGUACCUGCACUUCAGCAGGCCUGCAGUGUCGCAGCGAACGCUGUUCAUUUUCCCAAAUCUGCCAGCCAAGUGGCUCUAAGUUCUCCUGCCAGACAGUGCAGAAAGGAACCUGCACCAUAAGUGGUGAUCCACAUUACUACACCUUUGAUGAUGCAGUGUUUCACUUUCAAGGAACCUGCACUUAUGUUCUUUCUGAGGAAUGUGGUCAAAGGCUGCCGUACUAUAGAGUAGAGGGCAAGAAUGAGCACCGAGGAAGCACUCAUGUGUCCUGGACACGACUGGUCAAAGUGUAUGUCUACAAUGAAACCAUUGAGCUUGUGAAAGGACAUCGUGCUAAAGCUAAGGUUAAUGGGAACUUUGCAGCAACUCCGAUAUCCCUUAGCAAUGGCACUGUCCAGGUUUAUGAGUCAGGUUUUUCUGUGAUCGUCACUACUGACUUUGGCUUGGAGGUAUCCUAUGACACAAAUCAUUAUGUCAGGAUCAGUGUUCCCUACACUUACCAAAAUGCAACAUGUGGCCUGUGUGGGGACUUCAACAAUAUUCGUGAUGAUGAUUUCCGAACCCGCCAAGGUGAGGUCGUGAGCUCUGAUGUUGUUUUUGCCAACAGUUGGCAAGCAUCAGGGGACGAUGAACCUGGUUGUGAGCCACAGUGUGGAGGUCUGGACUGCGCUGUCUGCACUGAGGAUCAGACGGCUUUGUACAGUGAUAAUGCCCAUUGUGGUAUCCUCCAAAACAGUUCUGGACCUUUUGCUGCUUGCCAUCAACGAUUUCCCCCACAGAUCUUUGUGGAAAGCUGUGUGUAUGAUCUGUGUGUCGGAGCAGGGUACCAACCCCUUCUGUGCCAAGCCCUCAAUGCGUAUGCAAGUCAGUGUCAACAGCAUGGGAUACAGCUGCCAAGCUGGAGGAGACAGGGCUUCUGUGAAAUCCCUUGCCCAUCCAACAGCCACUUUGAGUCCCAAGGAACAGGAUGUCCAGCUACCUGUGCCAACCCCAACUCUACCCAGAACUGCCCUCGACCCAACCAGGAGAGCUGCAUCUGCAAUUCAGGCUACAUCCUUAGUGCUGGGGUCUGUGUCCCUCAUUCUGAAUGUGGCUGCAGCUUUGAGGGUCGUUACUAUCGCUCUGGAGAAACUGUAAUACUAGAUGAGGACUGUGGGAGACGUUGUAGCUGCAGUCAUGGCUCCAUGACUUGUCGCUCUCAUGGUUGUGGUGCACUAGAGUCUUGCAGGGUGGUGGAUGGAGAAAGAGGCUGCAGACCAAACAGCUAUGCAACAUGCUGGACAAGGGGCCCAGGGUCAUACCACACAUUUGAUGGAGUGACAUACCAAUAUCCUGGUGCAUGUCGAUUGACUCUUGCCAAAGUAAUGGGGUUGUCUAACACCCCCCACUUUGUGGUGACAGCAGAGAAAGUACCCAGAGGCCAGCAGGGUUUUGCUCGGUUGCUAAGGUUUGAGGCAGAGGGCACUCAUAUCUCUAUUGAGAUGUCUAGUGGCAGCAGAGUACAGGUUGAUGGUCAGCGGAUCAGACUACCAUUCAGCUCAGCAUCCAACCGAAUCCAAAUCUACCACAGCAGCAUUCACAGUGUCAUCCUUCGCACCGCCUUUGGUGUAACUGUGCAGACAGUUUGGCCUCACUAUGUGCGUGUCACUGCACCUGGUAUCUACAAUGGCUCACUAGGUGGACUCUGUGGUAAUUACAAUGGUCACCCACAUGACGACUUCCAAACGCCUAAUGGCAUCCUGGUCAACAGCUCUCAGGUCUUUGGGGACAGUUGGCGAGAUGGUUCCCUUGCUGCACACUGUGUGGACAAUGUAAAUCAAAAUUCUACGACAAAUUACAACUCAAGUGAGUACUGUGGUAUUCUUGGCUCACCCCAUGGGCCAUUUGCCCAGUGUUGGGCUACGGUGGACCCACAGCAACAUGUGGAUUCAUGUGUGGACAUCAUUGGGGCCUCCAGUGAUCCAGCAUCAGCGCUAUGUGAAGUCCUAAGAGAUUAUGCACUAAUGUGUCAACAGAGGGGUGGUGUUCUUGGACACUGGAGGAAUGCAACUGGCUGUGAGCAAAACUGUCCCCUAAACAGCCACCAUGAACUCUGUGGAAGCUCUUGUCCUUCCGCCUGCCCCAGCCUCUCUUUCCCUUUCACCUGUGACACUGCGUGCCAGGACGGUUGCCAAUGUGAUGAUGGUUUUGUCCUCAAUGGCAACCAGUGUGUGCCACCAACAGCCUGCGGAUGCUAUCACCAAGGACGCUAUCUGCAAGGUGGUGAACAGUUCUGGGAUGGUGAGGAAUGUCAGAGCUUGUGUAACUGUGAUAGCACUACUGGAGUAGUUAACUGUAUCCCCAGCUCCUGUACUCCCCAGGAGUCCUGUCGUGUGGUAGAGGGUGAGUUUGGCUGCCAUCCAAACCCUCAUGGCACCUGUUCUGCCUCUGGUGACCCCCACUACAUCACCUUUGAUGGCAAAGCCUAUGACUUCCAAGGAACAUGCCGCUAUGUUUUGGCAACCCUUUGCAAUGCCACUGAUGAUCUCCACCAGUUUUCAGUGGAAGCAAAGAAUGAGCCAUGGAGCGGGUUGCCAAUUUCAAUCACAGCAGAGGUUUUUGUCAGUGUGUGGGGCUAUCGAGUACAUAUGUCAAGGGAGAGACGUGGUGUAGUUCAAGUGAAUGGUGAAACUAGAAAUCUUCCAAUUCUCUUGAAUGAAGGUCGUGUGUCUGUCUAUGCAAGUGGAUCUCGUCUAUUUGUCAGUGCUGAUUUUGGUUUGAGUGUCACCUAUGACGGCCAUAGUACAGUGUUUAUCUCUGUACCUUCAAAUUACAGCGGACAAACAUGUGGACUUUGUGGAAACUUCAAUGGAAAUCUAAAUGAUGAAUUCCUCACCCCAUCUGGAGAGAUAGUCACCACUCCAGAUGAGUUUGGGACAGCUUGGAAGGUGGCCGGCAACUACACCUGCAGUGAUGGGUGUGGCUCCUCCUGCCCACAAUGUACCAAUGAUCUGCCUGCUAGAGCCCAAUGUGAAGUCAUUCAAGCAGCCGACGGCCCCUUAAGCUUCUGCCAUGAGGAGGUGGACCCGGCACCGUAUUUCAGUGACUGUGUGUUUGAUGUUUGCGUGUCAGGAAAUGAUGGUCAAGAUCUUCUGUGCAGAGCCAUUGAGGCAUAUGUCAGUGCCUGUCAAUCUGCUAAUGUCCGAAUCUACCCGUGGAGACAGAACACCACCUGCAGACUUGACUGUCCAGCCAAUAGCCAUUAUGAGCUGUGUGGUACUGACUGUGGCCACACCUGCGCCAGCAGUGUUGAUGCCACCUGUGAGCAGGUUUGCUCUGAGGGAUGCUUCUGUGAUGAAGGCUUCCUCAGGAGCGGGUCAAGGUGUGUCCCCACAGAAAGGUGUGGUUGCCAAUAUGAUGGAUUCUACUAUAAUGCUGGUGAGUCAUUCUGGACUGAUGGUUGCUCCCAGCGAUGUGAGUGCCAUGCUCCCAAUGACCUGCGCUGUUCUGCUGAAUCUUGCACUCCUGCACAAGAGUGCAUCAUCAGGGAUGGCCAGCUGGGCUGUUUUGAUGCAAUGACUACCUGCACUGUGUGGGGGGACCCACACUACAUCACUUUUGAUGGGGCACUGGCUCAUUUCCAGGGCACAUGCUCUUACAUCAUCACAGAGAGUGUGAGCCACCACUCCAACGAAACUCAGUUUCUGGUAGUAGCCACCAAUAAUCACCGUGGCAACAACCGUGUGUCAUUUGUAUCAGCAGUGGAUAUAUACCUCUCAAAUCAACCAGAGGGUGCAUACAUCAGGAUUGGACCCAACAAAAGAGUCCAGGUAAAUGGAAGUGAGGUAUCUCUGCCCACCGCUGCAGGAACCUUAGCUCAGGUCGCAAGGCAGGGAAGCCACAUAGUGGUUGAUGCCAUUGACCUGUUUGUCCAGUUUGAUGGUCAGAGUACGUUACUAGUCAGAAUUGGCCAAAAUCGUGAAAACAGAGUCAAAGGGAUGUGUGGAAACUUCAACAAUAACCCUGCAGAUGACAAAGUCUUGCCCAAUGGCACAACGGCACAAAACGAUAACGACUUUGGACACAGCUGGAAGGCAUCCACAAGCCAACCAGGAUGUGGAUCCACAGAUGAUGACAGUGAUGGUGGAUUGAAUGACUGUCGCUUUGUGGAAGAAUACUCUGAGCUCUGUAGCAUCAUCACCAACACUAGUGGUCCAUUCAGCGACUGUCACCUGCACUCUGACCCCCGGCCAUUUUUCAGUUCAUGUGUCUACGAUCUCUGCCUCUACACUCCAGCUAAUGGCAUGCUGUGCUCUGCUAUCUCAGCCUAUGAGAGAACUUGCUCCGUUUUGGGGCUGAACAUCCCAGAGUGGCGCCCAGCUUUGCAAUGUGCUGAGUCAGACCCCUGUGAGCAGCUGGACUGUACAGAGUAUGAGUGGUGCGGUGAGAAAGACGGUGUUUACGGCUGCUUUUGUGAUGAACAUCACCAUCGGCCCAACAAUGAAAGCUACGACUCAUCCAUCACCUGUGUCAGUAGUUCAGCUACUAUAUCAGUGUCGCGCUGUCAGCUGUUUGAAGCUGGAUUCCACCUUAGUGCCCUUCAUCUGCGAGACGACUCUUGCAAUGGGACUCUCCAGGACGGGCGACUGUUCUUCCACUUUAACAACGACGACCGGCUGUGUGGGACAGUUCUCAGGAGCAACGGGACCCAUUUCAUCUAUGAGAACACCAUCCAGGGCGACGUGGACCCUCAUGAGGGCCUCAUCAGCCGUGAGAAGAGCAUCCACCUGCACUUCUCCUGUGAAUACCCUCUGGCCCAGGCUCUAUCUAUGGAUGUGGGCAUCAACCCUGUAGAGAGCAUUGUGAACAAGAGGCUUCCAUCCGGCCAGGGUCGUUAUCAUUUGAGAAUGAUGCCCUACGAGGACGCUGGCUUCCACUUCCCCCUGACCAGAAACAGGAACGUAGAAAUGGAAAUAGACCAGAGGUUGUAUAUUGAGGUGCAGACAGAAGGAGUCGAUGAACGGCAGAUCUCCACUAUUCUGGAUUCAUGCUGGGCAACACCUUUCAAUGAUGCCAGCUACCCUGUUCGCUGGGAUCUCAUCACUACAGAGUGUCCUAAUCCAGCAGAUGGUACAGUAGAGGUGGUACAGAAUGGCAUCUCCACUGUGGCCCGAUUCUCAUUCAGGAUGUUCACCUUUACCAACUUUUCGUCCAUCUACUUGCACUGCCAGGUCCACCUAUGUCUUCUGAGACACAGCAACUGCUCAGCUCAUUGCUACCCGGGUAUCCACACAAGAGUGGCGAGGGAUAUUUCCUUUCACGACACUGCAGCCAUUUCAAUUGGACCACUAAUCCCGAAAUCAGACAAACGGGUGAACCCGAGCAGUGCUUCUGGCCAGUUGACCUCCGUGGUGACCCUGAUAGUCAGUUUGCUGACUGCCAAAACGCUGAUCUAAACAAAAAAAAACAAUAAAAAAUAAACAGAUCAAGGUAUAUAUAUAUAUAUAUUACACCACAACAUAUUAAUCAGCAGUAACUUAAUCAUCGUGCAUAGAUUUAUAAAUGAUUAAUUACAGCCUCUUUUGUGAUGUUGCAGGCCUGAAAAAGUUAUAUAUGUUAUACAUCCUAUACUGUAUAUUUCUCCUGAUUUGUGUCCCUCUCAUCACAUCCGAGUAUCAAAAGUUGUUGUUUUUUUCUUCUUUUUUUUUUACACCUUUAGAGGGCAGCAUAAGAUCACACACAUUCGGCACUUGUUUCAUUUUAUAUCUGCUGUUCACCUCUUUGUAUUCUGUGUAAUGUUUAAUGCAUUAAUGUUUGUUAUCCUCCAGACUUUUUCAAUGAUUUUUGUUGUCCUUAAAUGGAUAUUUUAUUUGUAAUAAUCAAUUAUUAAUAAAUAUAAACAGUAAUUAUUUAACAAUAAGCAUCGAAAUGAUAAAUGCACAGGAAUCCUAAUGUAUAUGUUCAACUAAAAU